UUGACGAGACAUUAAACCAACAUAAUGUCUCUAUUAAGGGUAGACGAGGAAACGGAGGAGAAGAGUCCAUUGUUGUCUGGAAAAAAAUCGGGAGUCCAACAAGAUGACAUUCUCAGAAAUGUUGUCAGCGAUCCUUACGAUGGUGCCAGCAAACCUAAACCACGAUUCGUUUCUAGAGGAACUCUAAAUAUCUUUUUAGCCGUAAUGAACGUUGUCUGGAACGUGCUGAUGAAUGUGUCCUUACCAGUGUACGCAGGAACAAUGAACGUAAUCGGAAGCGAUACUUUCGCCCUAUUAAUGAUCUGUAACAUUUGGUUUAUGAUUGUGUUCGUAGUGGUUAUGGUGUUGAUAAAAUACACCAUUAAGAAAGACUUGAGUUUUAAGCCCUGUGCGGCGUGGAAGUGGUUGUUCGUGAUGGGUUUGACAACCACCUUGAACGGUAUAUUUGUCGUCUUCUCCAGCCCUCCAGAUAGAACUCCGCCAUACUUACAAGGAAUUCUAGCCACCACCUCCAUUCCUUUUACUGUUUUCUUCAGAUUCCUGAUUUUAAAAAAAGGCAUAAGCUUCAAGAGAUUAGUAUGUGUCGGAGUGGUUCUGAUAGCAUUGUUUAUAACAGUGGAACCCCAGAUUUGGAACUUGGACGGAAGCAGCAACAGUUCCAGUACGACGUCCACUCUAGCACGAAUACUGUGGCCCAUGGCAUUCGCCAUUGGUUUCCUUCCCAUUGGAGUCCAGAAUGCAGUUUGUGAGAGAGUACUCAAAAGUGAUGAGGCCCAUUCGUUUAAUUUCCUGAUGUGGACUCAAGUGUUCCAGAUUCUGACGAUAUUUCCCAUGUUCUGGGUCGACUUUAUUCCUGGUUUUGGCGAGGCAUCAUCGAUCCAUCAAUUUGGUGACAAGCUAUCUCGGGGUAUACACUGUACUUUUACCUUGGCUGAUCCAUCAUGUAAUGGAUUAAUGGGUAAAAUGUGGUUAUUUAUAGUCGGGUAUUGUAUGGCCAACCUUUUCCAGUUCUUACUAAUCGAGUACGCUGAAGGGGCCGUCUACGCCGUAGUGGUACAGUCGUUGGUGACGCCAUCAGCGACGUUGUUUUGGACGUUAUUUAAAUUCCAAGCCGGAAAGGACCAUUUCUUCUGGUCGCCGCAGUUCAAUAUUACGACUGCGUUUACCCUAGGUGGUUUAUGUAUUUUAGUUCCGACAAUCAUUAUGUAUAAUUAUUUUAGUCGAAUUGAGGCCAAAGAAAAACUAGAUCAGGAAAUAAUCAUUGACAACCCCUCGGCCAUUUAAUUACUGGUGCGCCAUUUUGUUCUUGGUUUAAAGUCUUAUAUAAAAGGUCUGGAGAACCAGUUUAUGACGUCACUGUAGGAAACACCAUUUAAGUCCAGCAUAACAUCUUGCCAGAACUGAUUUGGUCCAAAAUAAGAGGAGUCAUUAUAUGCAAAAGCUAAACAAAUUCGUAGCAAAACUUCGAUGUCUUUCAUAUCAGUGACAAACCAUGGCAAAUAUUAUAUAUUUGUAUAUUUUGUAAAUAUUUAUAUAUUUGUAAUUGAAAAUGUUUGUAUAUUUAUUGUGAUUAUUGUGAAUUAUAUUUGUUGAGUUUC